AUCGACCAAUCAAAUGAAAAGUCUGACAAUAAAUUUUUUAUAAAUAAUGUAAAAAAUAUAUAGCAACGUAGUUUUGUUCAUCUUACCCUUAAUUAUAUUUUAUAUUCUCGAGUUUUUUCCAAUAACAUGUCAAACGUAUCAGAUCAAGACGAUGAUUUGACUCCUAGUCAAACAGCGGGUUAUAAAGUUGGUGAAAAGAAAAGCAUCAACGAAUAUAAAGAUUUAGAUGCUGACGAUGAAUCUCUUGCAAAAUGGAAAGCAUCCCUCGGGUUAAACUCUACUUCAACCGGCCCUGCUGACGAUCAUCGAAGAGUUGUUAUCUUGCAAAUUGCAUUAGAAGUUGAAGGAAGAGAUGAUGUUGUUUUAGACUUAUCAACUCCAGAAAAACUUGAAAAUGUUAAAAAUACUCCAUUCACGAUCAAAGAAGGCGUGGAAUAUCGUUUGAAAGUCAAAUUUAGAAUACAACAUGAUGUUGUUUCCGGGUUAAAAUAUUUACAAGUUGUCAAGAGAAAGGGAAUCAGGGUCGACAAAACAGAAGAAAUGAUUGGAAGUUACGGCCCAAACGCCGAACCUUACGAAAAGAAGUUCAUGGUUGAAGAAGCUCCCAGCGGUAUGCUUGCACGUGGACAUUAUGAAGCAAAGAGCAAAUUUAUCGAUGAUGAUAACGCCACCCACAUUGAAUGGUCCUGGUCUUUUGAUAUCAAAAAGGAUUGGGAUUAAUAAUUUACUAAAGUAUAUAAAUUUCUAAAUUAAAUCGUUAAUUCAAUAAAAUAUUUAUCACACAAUUGAUAAAAUUUUUUUAAUUUUAAACCAAUUAUCAAUAUUAAAAUAUAAAAUGAAAUGAAAUAUUUCACAUAAUUCGAUGUAAAACAAAUGAUAAAUUUAUCUGCAGUUAAUUAGUAAUUCGUGUUUAAGAAAAUAUCUUUUCUUAAUAUAGUAAACAAAGUGUACCAAGGGUGAUGUUCAACGAAUAACGACGCUGAUCAACAAUGUUUUUA